AGAGAGAGAGAGAGCGAAAGCACACAGAGCUCAGAGCAUGUCGCCUCCUGUUGCUGCACCUCACUGUGGGAUCUGCUGUCGACCUUUCAGACUGUACACAUGAACGCAGAGAGCCUUUUUCACGCGUUUCCUCGCUAUGUGCGACCCGGAGGUUUGUCAGAGUGAGCCGGCACAGCGUCAGCUCUGAGUCCGGAGGGGGGAAACAGGCUUUGUCAUUGCGGGGAUUUUUUUGUUUGACACAACUUGGCAGAGAAGUCGCUUGCUGCUGCUGCCGCCGGAGCUUGUUUGUUUGCAGAGAAAGUGUGAAACAAGUGUCAGAAAGAGAGCAACAGAUGUUUCUGGUGAAUAUGCGGCCGGCUGAGGAAUGAGAGCAGCGGCGAGGCACCGGCGGCCCUUCCAGCGGUUCUGCUGCUGUGGAGUCGGAGUGGUCGCCGUCAUUUGGCUCGCACAGGUCAUCCAGGCACCAGAGACAGAGUCUUCUGGGUUUCUGCCAGGCGUGAACAGUGGGGAGCCACGAUGGACUCGCAGGCUGAUGCAAGAGAAGUCAGACAACCAGAGCGUGGAUCAGCCCCGAGCAGCCAUCCAUGAGUUUCCAGAAGACAUUUUUACCAAGGAGCAGAGGAAGAAAGGCGCUGUGUGUCUGCAUGCACUCUGUGCGAUCUACAUGUUCUACGCUCUGGCCAUCGUCUGUGAUGACUACUUUGUCCCCUCCCUUGAGAAAAUAUCUGAGAACCUGCAUCUCAGUGAAGAUGUGGCCGGCGCGACAUUUAUGGCUGCAGGAAGCUCUGCUCCAGAGCUUUUCACCUCUCUCAUUGGUGUCUUCAUCACCAAAGGAGACGUUGGAGUCGGCACGAUUGUUGGCUCUGCCGUCUUUAACAUCCUGGUCAUCAUUGGCCUGAGCGGGAUCUUUGCAGGCCAGACAGUGGUUCUGACGUGGUGGUCCCUUUUUAGAGAUUCCUCCUACUACAUCCUCUCCGUACUGACUCUCAUCAUGGUUAUCUAUGAUGCCACUGUUGUCUGGUGGGAGUCCUUGCUCCUCAUGACCAUGUAUGGAAUCUACAUUAUAAUCAUGAAGUUCAACUCCCAGGUUCUGGCGUUUGUGACACGACAGCUCAGGAGCUCCAGGCCAUGCUGCUCCAAAUCAGAGAACCACAGAGACGACAAGAUGGGAGAGGAUGCCUCUGCUUGCAACACCUCCAUGGUGCUUCUCAACAAAGGCCAAGGUCACAGUCAGGAGGCUUCUCCAGUCAUCAUGGUGGAUGAGCUUCUCAUCCUCAACCCCCACAAGCUGUCCUUCUCUGAGGCUGGCCUGCGCAUCAUGAUCACCCCACAUUUCUCCCCCCGCACCAGGCUCUCCAUGGCAGGACGCAUGCUCAUCAGUGAGAGACAGAGGCUGAUCCAGAGUUCGAAAAACCAGAGGGACGGCGAGGCCAGCCCCGGGUCAAGAACGGGAUCAGCCAACAACAGCCUGAAGAGGACGGGCUCCUGCAGUCUGGAGAAUGGAGGCAGGAGACCUGGGGUGGGAGACGCAGAGUCAGGAGACAAGCCGGGGGCUGAGGCGUGUCAGGCAGAGGAGGAGGAGGAGGAUGAUGAUGGGAUAUUUAGUCCUGUGCGCAUACCAGGUAGCUGCUGUGCGCGGAUAAAGUGGGUAAUCACGUGGCCUCUGGGCCUCCUGCUCUACUGCACUGUGCCUAACUGUAUUCUGCCACGCUGGCACCGCUGGUUCAUGGUCACCUUCGUGGCCUCCACCCUGUGGAUCGCUGUCUUCUCCUACCUCAUGGUGUGGAUGGUCACCAUCAUCAGCUACACACUAGACAUCCCAGACUACAUCAUGGGCAUAACCUUCCUGGCCGCAGGGACCAGCGUGCCGGACUGCAUGGCGAGUCUGAUUGUAGCCCGACAAGGCAUGGGGGACAUGGCGGUGUCUAACUCCAUAGGCAGCAAUAUCUUUGACAUCCUGCUGGGUUUGGGUUUCCCUUGGGCUUUACGUACCCUUGUGGUGGACCACGGAUCAUCAGUCUCCAUAAAUAAUAAAGGACUGGUGUAUUCUGUCAUCCUGCUGCUGGCAUCUGUGUUCCUGACGGUGAUGAGUGUUCAUCUGAACCGCUGGAGGUUGGAUCGACGGCUGGGUCUGGGCCUGCUGUUUCUCUAUGCCAUCUUCCUGCUCUGCUCCAUCCUCUUCGGGCAGAUGUGAGGCCUUAAGGUCGAAAGUCAACCCCGUCAGACAGCAUGAUGAGUACCUACCUUUCCACCACACGUCCUCUUUCCUGAAGCCAAAAAGAGUGACAGCGUUGUCGUGUUCCUUGUGAGAGUUUCCGUGCACCUUUGUAGGACUCGCUAGGGUGAUACUGUACACAAUGCAACGACACAAACACACUGAAGUCUUUUGUCAAUAGCACAAUGUUUUUCUCUCCUCUUUGUACAGUGCAGUGUUUGAAUACAGUCUUUAAAUUAACAAACUGGGCGACCAAACAAAAUAUUUAAUGACAUGGCAGAUAGAAGCAGCAGGUUUGUUGCGCCUUCAACAGCAAUAUGAAACAGGAAGUGACUAAAAGUAACAGCUCACUAAAAUUUUGAUGAUAAUUGGAUAUCAUAACUGAGCUAGAAUGUCACUUUCCACCCCGUAACAACAAUUAUAUUUCAUGCCUGUUUUAUAUUUGAAUGAACCUGUUCAACUGAGACUCUUCAGUUAGCUUAGCCAGCUAGCUAACACUAUAAAUCUAAACUGCUCCUGCUAGGUAAUAAUUUCUUGAAUAAAUGAUGAGUCAUCACUCUUUCAUUCAAGCAAUAAACUGUUUAGAUUUACAGUAAUUAAAAAGACUGUUGAUUCCUGUCACUUCAGGUGUUUUCAUCUGUUAUUUAUUUACAUUUUUAAUGUUUGUGUUCUGAAAGCUGCUGCAGCACAGCAGAUAAACUACAGAAUUAUUGUUUAGUUUUCAACAUUUCAACAACACAGCAAUCAAAAGUUAUUUAUAAGGGAGAAUAUAUAAAUAAUCGCCAGGAAAAAAUGUUGGCUUUGUGUGUUUCUGCAAACUACAGACAGGUUACAUUUUCCUUUAUGUAGCAGAUGGGUUCAAACUAUAUGUACCAACAACACUGUGGGUAAUAGGGGUGUAAAUCACCAGCUUCAUCACGAUACAAUAUUAUAUCGAUUUGUUUGGAUGACGAUACGAUGUUUGCCGAUAUCACAAAAUCUGUCACGAUACGAUUUUGAUUCGAUUCGAUUCAGGAGCCUGCGAUCGAUAUGACGCGAUAUCAUAUGCCCAUCUAACACAAUCAUUUACAUCAACUCACAAAAACAACUAGAAUAUGAGUUGACCAUUUUAUUUCGGAGCUCUGUUUAUUGUUUGAGCGGAGGCGCGCUUGCCCAGAAAUGGUGACACAGACGUGCUAUGUGAAUUUCAAAAUAAAUGUGUAUCUUUAAGAUGACGAUAUGGAUCGAUGUUUUCAUUUUACAUCGAUAUAAUUGGAUCGUUAAUCAAUUAAUCAAUGUAUCGAUGUGGAUCGAUGUAUCGUUACACCCCUAGUGGGUAACACGUGGUUAAGUUUAGAAACACAAAACAAAGAAAUACUUCAAAACAUCUAUUUCAAGCAGGUGUGUAGGAGAGGGACGAGAAGAAUAAAACUUGUAGAAAAGACUCCCGCACACUGUCUAACUUGCAAAAAUAAUACAUUUUAAUGCUGCAAUGUGCAUGUGCAGUGGAAAGGCUAAAUACCAAGCAUCAAUUAGUGUAACAAUCAGCAUUAUUUGAUUACAUUACUUUACACUGCACAUGGGUAUUGUGAUUAAUUGCAAACUUACAGCCACGCUGUAAGAUGACUGUUGGUUACAAAACUGUUUGCCUGAUGAAGGUCUCGUCACCAAAACAUUACAGCAUUAAAAUCAUUUUUGUUUUUUGCAAGUUAGACCGUGUGGGAGAGUCUUUUCUACGAGGUUUAGUAAAAAAACAUUGCUUGGUUAUGGUUAGAAAAAGAUCAUGUUUUGGCUUAAAAUACCCAGAUUUGGGGAACAGUCAUGGCUGGGAAAGAAGCAGUGUCUUGGUAAAAAAAAAAAAAAAAAGCACAUUCAUGCCACUAUUCCAGGCUCCAAGGAAUGCCGCCAAGCCUUGCAGCCAGUAAUUUCCAGUGGCCACUUGGGAUUUUGCUGCAAACAAUUUCCCUGUGGCUCAAAAAGCCAUUUACCCAUAGACCACCAUUAUAAAAGAGACAUCUGUAAAACUGUUCACCGGACACUCCAAACUGCAAACAAGGACAGUUUUUUUCUAUUCUGAAAUGUUUAACCAUGAAGAUUUUAUGUUUCUAAAACUGUCCUCAAGCCAAUAAAAAGGAUUUAAAUUCUUCUUUAAGCCAUGUGGGAACUUGUGGCAGGCAACUCCAUUGGAAUGAAUAGGCGUCACCCUGGGGUCGGGUAUUUAGUUAUCAUUAUCAUAUUAAAGUUCAUGCACUAUCCCCGCUGGAAAAACAGCAACAGGUCGCUAAAAAACACCCACAACUGGUGCCUAAAAAGCCACUGGAAAUAAUAAUAAUAAUAAUAAUGAUGAUAAUAAUAAUAAUAAUAUAAUAACCUUUAUUUAUAUAGCACCUUUCAUAUGAGAAAUGAAGUGCUGAGUGCUGUACAAUAAGGGCAGUAUAAGCACUGAGUGCUUCACAUGAAAAUAGACGUAAUGGACAUAAAACAGACAAACAAGGCAAUUUAAUAUAAAAGGACAUUUAAAACAGUUUAAAACAUUGAUUUACUGAUUCAUGAAAUCAUAGAGUGACUCAUGACUUUUUUUAAGAUUAUUAUUAUUAUUCAAAAAAAAAAAUUUUAAGUUUUUUUUUUUUUUCCUUUCUUUGGCUUUAUUAGGUAGGACAGUCUAGGCAUGAAAGGGGGAGAGAGGGGCUGACAUGCAGCAGGUGGCAGCGUGCUGGAAUUGAACCCAUGGCCGCUGCAGCCUUCGUAUAAGGGGUGCCUGCUCUACCCACUAAAUUACCGCCCCCAUAGCAGCGACUCGUUAAAAACAACCCGUUUUGGUAUUUGUGGAUCUUGAAAAGUGGUCUGCAAUGGAUAUCGCGCCAUCCACCAUGGCAAGUCAGCUCAUACACUACAUCACUAUAGAAACAUCGAUAUGAUGCGUAUGAAACUAACAAAUGUGACAUAUUCAUGGUUUGCAGAAACAAACAAUGCCAACAUGUUCUUCAUGUGACUGAGCUGGUAUGUCCACAUAUUGUCUCCCCACUAGAUUCUGUCGGUGAGGAGUGUUCAGCAGUGCAUGUCUCUGGCAACAGUGAUUAAACAUGUUGAGCAGGAUAAAGACAGGUAGCGGACAGAGGCAGUUGUGAUUUACAGUAGGUAGAUAAAAAUCCUACUGGGCUACAGUACAGAACCACUCGUAUCUAAAUAAGUUAGUGACCAGGAUGUGUGACAAGAGGCUGAACUUCCUGUGGGUAAAAUUAUAUUGAAGAAACAAAUGAAUAACAUAACCAGGAAGAAUCAAUAUUUAUAUAUAUAUGUCUAUGUUUUAAUAUAUAUUUGACAUGGUUUUAGAGACUAUCUCAACUAUAUGAACAGUUAUUUUCCUGCAGAUUGCACAGACAUUAAAAAAACAUUCUUAAAUCUGUCAUGUCAUGCUCAGACCUAUUGUCCAUUAUAAAAAAAGAUUAAUAUUUUCUGUUGGCCUUAGGUUUGAACACCCUUGUAUGUUUUGAAUGUACAACCUAGCGGAAAUAUUUACAUGCAUUCAAAUGUAGCACUGAAUUACAGCGAAGAACCUCUGAGCAGACGAUGAGGAUCUAUAGUCCGACCAUAAAGGACACCGUGUACGUGUCAGUAGACUUUUAGAAUAUAUAAUAUAGAAUAAAAUGCACAUUAUUGUGACAAUAUUUUGAUGACUUUUGCCUGAGUACUUAUAAGCAAGUAUUGGUACAGCUUAAUGUACGUAAAGAGAUUAACCUUAGUGUUGCAGUAUUUUUAGAGGUCUUAUUACUAUGAAAUCUAAUAUAUAUAAUGUACUUCUAUGAGUGUCACAGACUUUGAUGACUUUGAGUGCAGGUUAGUUGUAAUAAUUUCACGUUUAGGUACGACAAUCGAUGUUUGUAUUGUUUCUUGUUCAUUUUAUGAGAUUGUUUCUCUUUGGUGGAACAUUUUUAUUUAAAUCAGACCAGAAGCAGCGCGUUAUACACACGCAUACACACACACUGUAAUUGUGUGUGUGGUACGGCAAAUAAGCUGUAUAUUCUGUAUUGGUAUACCUGCUGCUGCUGAAAACUAUGAAAACAAUUUGGAUACAUUCAGAUAAUAUUAUAAUUCAAGACUAAAUGUUCCACCAAAGGGAUCGGGGCAAGUUUUUUUUGUUUGUUUUUUUAAAUGGCUGUAUAAUUAUUAUAAUUAUUGUCUACUUGACAAUACUUUUUACUGUUUGUAAAUGUUAAAUAAUUGACAUAGUUUUACAAUAAUGAAUGUCUGACAGAGACUAGUUUUGUGGUGUUUUUGAUAUUUAAAAAGAAUACAUAACAAUACAUAAUGUAAGCCUACUUGUGAAUUAUUGUAACAGAAUGAAUGCAUAUUUUGUCACUUUGUUAGAUAGUGGAAUAUGAAGGCUGUAAUGUCAGACCAGCACUCCAUUUGUAAUUAAUUCAGUUACAGUUGUGUCUUAAAAUCUUUUCAGCACUUAGAUUUUCUUUUGUUUCAGUAUUGAUUUAUUGAAAACCUGAUUUCAUGCAGGGGAAGACAAAGGAAAUGAAACUCCUGUUUACAGAUUCAAAUUAGAUUUUAGGUUUUUUAGGUUUAAAUAUUUUAAAGAAUGCCUAGAAUCUAAGAAAUACCACUAAAUUUAAAUAGUAAGUUUUCAUCCCCUUUUUCCAAUUUUUUUUAAUCUUUAAAUCAUACUUUCUCUUUUAGGUACAGUUUAAAAAUGAAACUUUUUAUUGAAACACAUUUUAUCAGAUCUGGUCAAAUAUGUCUGGAGUUUUUGUGCCAAAACCCAUCGAUGCAUUUAAAUAAGGUUUUAGGGCAACUUUUAAAGGGAUAGUUUGGAUUUUUUGAAGUAGGUUUGUAUGGGGUUCUUAUCCAUACUCAGUGUAUUACAUACAAUAGAUGUCUGCCAGUGCACCCCCAGUUUGGAGAAGUGUCAGGAGUACCGUCAUGGAAGGUAAACAAUGUACUGCUGUGGAUGGGGUCAGCAAUAAGCUGUGUUUUAGCCACCUAAAUAAAGUCCCACCUAAAAAUCAGUUUAAGUGUACGAUAUAUAAGAGUAUUUCACCUCUUUGCCUUUACGUCAGACAGCCCAUUCCAACGGGGAAGCUGAUAAGGGCUUCAGUUCCUCAUCUAUGCUCUCGUCAAAGCCACCAGACUCCAUUGACAAAAACAGUCAUUUUGGCUCAUUGAGCACGGACACUGCUGGUGUAUUACUGCUUUGAUUAGUUAGAUAGAUUGUGUUAUUGUGCGAUGUUGGUGAAUCCGAACUUAUCCCUUUCAACGCCAAAGUCAUACAAUAAAACAAAUAAAAUGACUGAUCGAAGCAGCAAUAUAUCGGCAGCUUCUGUGUUUGGCAAUCUUAAAUCACUGUUUUUCUCAAUGGAGUCUGGCUUGAAAGAGAGUGAUGUAAUGGCUUCAGUUCCCCGCUGGAAAUUGCUAUCUGACGAUAAGGUAAAGCGGUAACAAUAUUCUAAAAAUAGCAUACAAUUAUUGAUUUUUUUUUUUUUUUUUUUUGAAGUGGCUAAAAUAUGUUUUGUUGCUGACCCAUCCACAGCAGUACAUUGCUUAGCUUCUGUGGCAGUACUCCUGCCUGCUUCUCCAAACUGGGGGCUUGCUGAUUGACAUUUACUGUAUGUAAUAACAGAAUAUGGGUAAGUACCUCAGUACCAUGCCUCCGAAGAACCAAACUAUCCCUUUAAAAUGUCAUAGCAAAAAAGAAAAAGUGAUAUUAUCCUAUAAAUGUCCCUGACCCAAACAUUAAAGCUACACUUUGAAACUAGUAGCUUGUAACAAUGGCUACUGCUUGUCCAGAAAAAAUAGUGCUGAAAUGAUUAGUAGUAUAACCGUUUAGUUGAUCAACGUAUUGUUUGAGUCUUUCAUCAUGCAACUAUGUCAAACAUUCACCAGUUGCAGAUUCUCAAAUGCGCUGUUUUGCUGCUUUUCUCUAUGACCGAUGAAUCAAUUGGAAAAAUACACGACAGAUGAACUGAUGAUGAAUUGUUUGUUCCAUGCUCUUAAUUUAGCUUCUUUUUUUUUUUGCAGUUACUGAAAUGGAAAAACUGUCUUUGCAUAUCCUAACUAUCUUCAUCCUGUUAAACAACCAUCAGUAAUAACUGUGUUUUGCCAGGAAAUGUUUUACAGCAGGUGGUGAUGCGAAUGUGUUCUUUGACUCAGCUCUUGGGACUCUCUGCUGUAAACUUUUGUAUUCAGAUCCAGUAAUAAUCUCAAUACGCUCGUCAUGGCUACUGAGAGACACAACAGCACCAAAGCAAACAGUUGAUCUCCAGUACUUGUUUUGGUUUCACAGCACUCAAAGAAUGUUCUCCAUAUUCUGCUGUGAUGUUGGAAGUAGUGGAUGUUUUAGAGUUGAAAUUUAUUGCUUAGAGGUCUUAUUGGAUCAUAGAAGACUGUUGUAUCUUGAGACCAAUAAAAAA